AUGAGCCCAGGGGGCGCGGGCUGCUCCGCAGGGCUGCUACUGACCGUGGGCUGGCUGCUCCUGGCGGGCUUCCAGUCCUCGUGUGGGACCAAUGUCACCGCCAUCCAGGAACCCCCCUUGGUCCACGAGGCCCACGACGAGGAGGACACCGGUGACAACAACGAAAGCGAAGGGGACAACAACGAGGGCCCUCUGCCUGAUAACGAGGAAGCUGGUCCGAAUAAAACAAUAGUCAAAGAAGUUGAAUUUGGAAUGUGCACAGUAACGUGUGGUGUUGGUGUUAGAGAAGUUAUAUUAACAAAUGGAUGCCCUGGAGGCGAAUCCAAGUGUAUUGUUCGAGUAGAAGAAUGCCGUGGACCAGCAGAUUGUGGCUGGGGUAAACCAAUUUCAGAAAGUCUUGAAACUAUUAGAUUGGCAUGUGUUCACACAUCUCCUGUAAAUCGUUACAAAUAUAUGUGGAAACUUCUAAGGGCAGACCAACAACCUGUUAUACUUGCAAAUGAUUCAGCAAUCCUGGAUGUACAAAGAGAUAUCCACCCCUUGGCUUUCCAGUGUGACACCAUGGAUAAUUCUGAAAUGGUAGCAUCUAUUAAAUUCACAGUCUAUACAUCUAAUGAAUUGCAGAUGAGAAGAUCAAGCCGACCAGACACUGAUGCAGUCCUAGUUUUUGUGCUGACCACAGGAGUCAUUAUCUGUGUAUUUGUGAUCUUCGUAUUGAUCUUCAUAAUUAUUAAUUGGGCAGCAGUGAAAGCUUUCUGGGGGGCAAAAGCCUCUACAACUGAGAUACACUCAGAGCUGAGUUCUAUGAGAUACAAAGACUCAACUUCUCUUGACCAGUCACCAGCAGAAAUACAUGGACACGAAGAUGAUGCUUUAAGUGAAUGGAAUGAAUGAUGCAUGGAUGACAUAUGACAAACCAGAGGAUAUUAGAGAAUAUCAGAUUUAUUAUUAUAAAAAUAAAAUAUAUACUGAAA